CGCGCGCGCAUGCGCAGGAGGUAGAGCGCCUGCGCCUGCGCGGGCGACGACACGGUCCUUUGCGGAGGAGGGAGUCUCAGUUACCGGAGCCCUUGGGUUUUGUUUCUUACAGAUGCUGAAGUAGAUUCUCCAUAAUUAACCAAGCUUAUCUCACUGCAAUGGAGAUCUUACAUCAUCACCUGAGUUCCAAGUAGAUACAUACUCUGCUUUAGAAGUUCAUGUUGGAAAAGAAGAAAUUCUUCCAGAUGUGAAUUUUGACAGAGACCUGAAAGAUGGUGCUAAGUUGAUGCCUAGACUGAAGAGAAAUGUUUUAAACUACUAUGGAGGGCAAAGAAAUAUAUUUUGCUCUCAUCAAAACAUAGCUUAUACAUACAUACUGUGAAAGUAUCCUUGUGGGAAAAGCAGACAAGGCUUGGAUUUAAAUAGAUUUAUACUCACAGUUUUAUUCAUAUUCUCAUCUACACAUGUAUAGACUGAUUUUCCUUUGCAUAUUAAUCUGAAUGUGUUAAAACAAACAAACAAACAGUUGAUGGAUGAAUCAGAUGAUGAUUUUAAUGAACUAUGCUCCAAACUUCUACGGAGGGUCAGAAAGAAAGGGGGCAAAGAAGGCCCAGGAGAAACAAGGACUCAGAAGGAGGCUAGUAGGAUUCAAACAAAAAACAAAUUGAAAAGGACUAAACUUCCGGCAAAGACCAAAAUCAGCCAUGACUCCACAGAAAAGAAAACAGAGUUGGACAAGAGAGGUCUGGCACCAGAAAAUGCAGGAAAAUGUGAAAUUACUUUCCAUGAAAGCAGAGUGGCUCCUACUUCAAAAAGAGAGAAAGAUGUGCUUGCAGCUGCUCAAAAAGAUCCUGUGCCAGAACCAAGUCAGCUAACAGUAGGCGUUUCAGAUGACUCUUCUCGGACAGCAUCACACUGUUUGAUUGCUCUGUUACCAAGUGUCUCCAAACCUCGGGCAGCAGAGCUGGUAUUGCAAAAAAUGCAGCAGUUCAAGAGAACAGAUCCAGAAAGAUUGAAACAUGCCCCUGAAAGUGGUUCCGAGGAGACUGUACUUAAAGAAAAUGUCCCACAAUCCACUCAGGAGGAGGAUACACUGAAAAAUGGAAACAUUCCAGAGCUUUCUGUGACAGAGAGUGAUGCAGCUCUGGCCUUGGCUUUGCAGCAGGAAUUUGGCCAGGAGACCCCCCAGAAUUCAGAGAGUCUGGAGCAAGAGGGUUUGUUUUUCUGCCAGAUUUGUCAGAAGGAUCUCUCAGCCAUGAAUGCUACUCGGAGGGAACAACAUGUUAACAGAUGCUUAGAUGAGUCAGAGAAGUUACUGGAACCUGCCUCUAUUGUACCUAAGAUUCCAGAUUGUCCAAUCUGUGGCAAGCCAUUCACUACUACAAAGAGCAGAAAUGGUCAUUUGAAACAAUGUGCAAUCAAGAUGGAAGUUUCUCCCCAGCAACUGGUCCAGGCGGUCAGGUUGCAGACAUUUCAGCCCAGUGAGUGCCUCCCAUCAGCAUCAAGCAAACCAGCUGGUGAAUCAAAGAGGAAAGGGUCAACCAGUGAAAAGAAACCACAGAAAAGGAGGAAGAUAUCCAAGACAGAGGCCAUGUCAGAGGAUCUCCUUGUUGCGAUGGCAAUGUCCCAUUCUCUGAUGGAGCAAUCUAAGACUGUGACAAAUGAUAAUCUUGGAAAUGUGUUUCCAAACAACAUAAAGCCAGGAGCAGAGAAGAAAAGUCGUAAGAGGAAAAUUGUUUCCCCACCUCAAUUGUUAGUUCAAGAUUCAGACACAUAUCAUCAACAGAUACAGGAUCGAAUUGCUAUUCUACUCACAGAGGAAUUAGAGUUAUCUAGCACUCCACCACUUCCACUGAGCAAAAUUUUGAAAGAAGAAAUGGGCAAGGCACAUUGGUGUCUGUUACAGACUGAAGGAAAACAAGGCAUUUUAUGGAAGGGCAGCUCUUUGACAGGAGCUUGGCCUCUGGAGUCUUUUUAUGCUAAAGGAUUAGACCCUCCUAUUUUGCCCUGGAAACCUACAAAGAAUUCAGAAAAGGGGCCUGUGCCACCAUUAAUGGCAUUGAGCCAGUCCAAACCAGAUGUGCAAGAACUGCCUUCCUUCAGUGUUCCCAGUUCUGAAGGUUUUAACUUUAAAACCCAAGAAGAGCUUCAUUCCAGGAGGCAAUCACUUUCCUGUAGCCAAAAAGACCAUCAGACUCUGCAGGUCCUUAUGGAUCUGGCAGGAGAAGGGCUGACUCUCACCCAAUGGAACAACAGUGCUGAAACCCAUUCCAGAAGUCCAUCAGGGAAAGAUCUGGGGUCCUAUGAUCUUCCACUGACUGGAUUUGUCUUAUCACCCAAAGAGAAGAAACACCAGAGAAGCAGCAACUCUUCACUGUCACUUAGUUUGCUGUCUGCCGAUUUUGGUGCAAUGGUCAACAACCCCCACCUGAGUGAUGUGCAAUUUCAAAUGGACUCUGGAGAUGUGCUUUAUGCUCACAUGUUUGUGCUUUAUGCACGAUGCCCACACCUCAUUCAGAUUGUACAUAAUGAAGGUUUCUUUGUAGUGGAAGAUGGGAAUUUGAGAACACGAAGAGUCCUUUUGAAUGAAGUUAACACUGAGACAGUUCACAUGUUUCUACAGUACCUGUACACAGCUGAUACUAAGAUUCCUUCCCAUCUGCUCACCGACUUGCAGUCCCUGGCCAUCAGGUUUGGAGUGAAGGAACUUGUUGAUCUAUGCGAAAGUGGCCUAGAGGGUACUGAUAUUAAUUCAGAAGAUGAUAUGUUUUUGGUGGAGAAAGAAGAAGAGGAUUGUGAAAGUAGAGCAGAAAAUUUCCAAGAACUAUUGAGGUCAAUGUGGGUAGAUGAAGAUAAAGAAUCAGAGCCUUUACUUAAGCUACAAGAUCAGGAAGAAGAUGACAGAGAGAAAGUAAAUGAAGAGGAAAUGGAUGAAAUCUAUGAGUUUGCUGCUACUCAGCGAAAGAUGCUUCAAAGGAAGUGUCAGAUAAAGGAAGAUUCAGUAGCUGGCCAGCCGGGGGAAGAAAUUCCACUAUUUGAAUGUUUACCAGCAAGUGUCAAAUUUAAAAAACAGAUGGACAGUACAUAUAAAAUAGACUCUUCUGAGCAAGUGAAAGGUCAGGAACCUAAUGUAAGCAGCAAUUUAAAUAUUAAACAUUUCACUCCUGUGAAAGAAAGAUACCAAAAAAAGAUUCCAGACAAUCAGAGUGGUACAGAGUCUCCUGAAAAAUACUGUUCACCAAAGCCAGCUAAAGCUGGUACUCACUCUAGUACUUCUGAUCUUUUGGUAGAAGGUGAAGGAGAUAGUCUAAGAGAAAAACUUGCAUCUCUAGACUCACUCCAUGAUUCUGAUCUUGAUAAGAGCUAUGAUCAUCUUUUUUCAGUGACUCAAGGAGAGUAUUGUGAGCCUUCCCAAGUAAACUGCACUCCAAGGAAACAAAAAGGGACUUUGCUAGGGAAAGAAGUGUCUAAUUCGCCCAUUCUUUGCCAGACACCUCCAUUGCAGCCAGACUUCCCUCUGUCAUAUAACCACUGUCAGAGUCCUUCCAGUUCACAAAUCUUUCCUCAGUGUAGACACAGUUCAUCCCCAUUAUCUCCUCAGUUAAAAAGGAAAUUUUCCAAGGUAGUCUCUCCUCCAAUUUUAACAGAAAAGCAAAAGGAAAACAAUGAUAUCCACACUUUGUAUGAAGACUCAGCCUGCAAGGACAGCAGUGAGUGUGGUUAUAUUGCAAGCCAAAAAAAUACAGCAGUUCUGAUUUCUCCAGCUGAGUCUCUGUCCAUUGACCUAACUAAACCAAAAUCUUGCCAAAGGCUGUCCCAGUCGAAUAGCCGAUCUCAGAAUUCUCUAUCGCAAGUGAACAAAGAUGAUGAUAUUAUUCUUUUGUUGGAUUCAGAUGAAGAAAUGGAACUAGAACAGACCAAAAUGAAACCAGUUUCUGAUAGUUCCUGUGGAGAAAGAAAAACACCCAGAAGCUUUGUAGGUAAAGGCAAGGAAAUGAAGAGUAGUCCCAAAUCAUCCAGACCUUUUCUAAUUAUUGAUAUUGACAGUGACCAAAGGUAUUCUCAAAGCCCAGUAGCCACAGAAGUCGGGGAACACAGAGAGAGGGGUACAGAUGUUCUGACUGAGGUGCAGUCACCCAGAAAGGGGAAUAGUUGUUUGGAUGACGAACUGGAUUUUAAGCUGAUCUCCAAACAGGACAUCAGCAAAGAGGAAAGUGGUAGCACAGAUACUUCUUGGCUGGUUCCAGCCACUCCUCUUACUAACAGAAGCCGUGAUUGCUCAUCCCAUAUGCGAGUCACAAGCAUCAUCGCUAGGCCAUGUGUUUCUACUUUACAGGAUAAAGUUUCACAGUGCAAGACUAAAGUACUAAUAGAGGAUAAAGAUGUUAAUGAAAUAACAGACAAAGUAUCUGUAAAUGUGCCCCAGACAUCAUCUCAUCGGGUACCUAUUACUUCGGAAACCAAAUCACUCUCAGAAACCUCAGUCAGUGAGAGAUACUCUUAUAGAAGCCCUCAGUAUUCAGAGGUUAAUAAGAACCUUUCCACAGUAGUCCCAGCUCAGUUUUCACCUGAGCGUGCUGACUUAACUAAACAGUCCCUGGAAAGCCCAUCAUCCCACUCAGGACUUUCUUCUGCUCAUGACAAACCUGUGCUUGUCCAAAAUGUAUGUAGCGAAGUGGUAGAAGUUGUAGAUAGUGAGGAAGAAGAAGUUCUUGAUUCUUGCCCUCUGAGUAGCAGCUUUUUGCUAAACAGUGACCCCCCAAUUCCAGUUGAUGAUGACUAUUGGAAUAUUGAACCUCUCUCACCAAUUCCAAUUGAUAACUUGAACUUAGAGAGGACUGGCCACCUAAGUACUAGUAGUCCCAAUGGUAAAGUGUGUGAAACUCUGAGUAAAAAGGAGAGAAACUCCCUUGGAACCCCAAGUAGAAUGGACAGCACUCCUGUUUGUGGAAGUCCUAUCAACAAAAAAAGAUCUUUACACUGCAAUGAAAAGAGAUCUUCAUGUACAGCCUCACCCGGAAACAGUAAGCUAAGCUAUUUGAAUUCAGCUCUGUGGGAUGAUUGGGAUGGAGAACAAAAGUCUACAGAAAUUCUUCCUUUUGCUGAAAGAUCGUCAGAUGAAAAAGCAGCUCAAGAAUUAGAGGUGUUAAAGACUCCAAAAGCUGCUGAUCAGAAGACUAAUAGACCCCCCAAAGUUCCUAUAACUCCAAUGCCAAGUUAUUCUAUCAUGGAAACACCAGAACUAAAGAAAGAAUUGAAUAGAUUUGGAGUUCGUCCUCUCCCCAAACGCCAGAUGGUACUGAAGCUGAAGGAGAUUUUCCAGUACACCCACCAGAUCCUGCCGUCUGACUCUGAGGAUGAAAUCCAGGCUUUGCAGACAUCCCCUAGAAUGAUGGCAGAACCUUGCUGCCUAACUCAGACAACUCAAGUCAAGACUUCAGGAGCAGUGAAUGAGUUACCACCAGCUUCCUCCAGUAGUGCCCUGCCCAGUGUGGAAGAUGGUCAGUCAGAGAACUUACCCAGCAUGAGUCACCAAAGGCUAAAGAAUCUCACUAAAACCCGAGGCAGAAGGAAGCAGCCACAUAAAGCCUUUCUAACACUGACACAACCACCAGCUGAGGAUGUGUGCUCAGGCCCUGCCAGUGAUAAUCAGCUCCCAAUGUCUCAGACAUCCAUUGCUUCUUCUACAGAUGAAAGUGAAAACUCCUUUGGUUCACAAAGUGAGUUUGAAACAGUCUUUGAAUCUGAAGGGGAAGAGGAAGAGGAGGAGGAGGAGAUCACUGCUUCCCAAGCUGCUGUCCAGGAGGCCAACAGAGAGGAGGCAGCCAGACGCUACAUCAGAUCCCAUCCGGCUCUUUACCAGAAGAUUCUCCUUUACCAGCCCUUUGAGCUAGCUGACCUGCAGGCAGAGUUGAAGCAGAAUGGCAUCAAGUUUGCCAUGGGGAAGCUAUUAGAUUUUCUGGAUGCUCACUGCAUCACUUUUACAACAGCUGGAGCCAGAAAGGAAAAAUUAAAGAAGAAACUGCAGCAAGGUGGCAAAAAAAGGGGGAAACAUUAUUGAUAGGGGCCACCUCUUUCUCUUCCACAUUUGCCCAUUACUAGCCUAGAGCUCUUGUAAUCCUCAGCAUCUGAGUCUCUUGUCAGAACUUGUUUGGGGAGUUGCUUAUUUGCCCCAGGUCAUCUGCCCAUACAGUCAAAUAGCAGGAAAAGCCAGACAUCCCACUGUAUUUCUAGACUCCUGUGACUCAAGAUUGUUUUGUUUCUGUGAAAUUUCUCUAAAAGAAUGACAAGCUAUCUGACCCGAAUUUCCAGCUCACUUAGAGACUUACCUAAAAGUGCAGAUCAGAAAGUUAUAUUCAGAAUUUUACCACAGGGCAAAGGGAAGUAUUACAUACUUGGACUUCUGGGCUUAUCUCGAACACAUACAAGAAGGGCCUUUUACUAUUUCUAGUGAGUUGUAAGCAGCAGUGGAACAAAUCAGACAGGUAGUCACAUCUCCUAGUUUGGUUGAGAAGUAAGGAAACUGGCACAUCCCUCUUUCCUGUAAUGUGCUGCCUUGGUCUCCAUCUACCUGCCUCCCCUGCCACUCCACGUGCAUGCAGAAGUACUGAAAUCUGGUCACCAGGAAGCCACGUGUUCAAUGCCUUCCUCCCAAAUCAACUCUUCCUCUGCUCCAGUACUUAGGCCCUUCUCUUCUCACUCUCUUUUUCAAAGAAAGGGCAUCACUAUUUGCUAGCCUUCUUGGCCAUCUGUCUUUCAGUGAUGUUUGCCUUGUCUCUAGAGGUCUUGCUCCCCCCCACCACCACCUGUUUUGAAUAGAUAAAGUAUUUCCAUUAUAGAAAAGAAAGUUUGCACAGUACAUUUUUAUGACUGGGAAAUGGAUUUGCUGAAGAUGUCUUCAAAAGGGCAAAAGCUUAGAAAAAGAACCUGAAUGUUGAAAUUCAGUUCUUUAUAUUGUGUCUCUUAUUAAAGAAGAAGAAGAAAGAAAGAUAAAGAAAAUAAAGGAAAAAAUAAGGAGCCAAUGCAAGGUUCACAAUUAUUUGUUGAUUAUCCUUUUUCUUUUUCUUCCAAUUCUUAUCUUUUGAGUUCUUUGCUGUCCUCUUUUGCUGAAAACUCUUUUUUGUUUUGCAGUCAUUAACAAGAGUGUUUUUGCCUAGUCCUCUUUUUUGUCUCAUCCCUACAUUCAAAUUUUGCCUGCACCUUCUGGGCAUUUUCUGCCUUUGGGAAUGGAAUUGCUAGAAGUUUAGGUCUAGGACUUCAAUCAGCAAAGUCAACAUGUGUGUUCCAGACCCAGACCUUGUCCCUUCCUGUUUUAGGCUUCAGUUCUAUACACAGUGUUAUAUAAUGAUUUGCACUGAUCUUGAGAAUUUUAUCCCUUCUCAUAAUGAAGAGAAUUGUCCCUUUCUCCUGUUGUAGCAACUUUUUGUCCUAUUCUUUCCAUUCCUGAAGGUCAUUCUUGGAUACAAAUGUUUCUUUGCUCACAUCUUAAGGAGUUCUUUCUUUUCUUUCUUCAUCCUCCUUCCAUUGUGGGUGAUGGCUCAGGUUACCUACAUUCUCAGUGGAGAUAUCAUGUUUCUUAGGAAUUUCCUUGGCAGCUAUCAUUGGAACUGGCUUGGGAUACCUCCUUUCAUUGCCUUUCUGCAAGUCACGCGGUUGUGCAUGUGAGGUCUCCACAUUAAUGGCUGACUGGCAGUGCUGAGCAGCUGUCCAUUGAUGACUCCAUGGAGUCAACCCCUGUGAGAGACCAAAUGUUAGGAUUUUUUAUGAGCUGUGGAGCAGUGGGGGCAAAAAUGUAGUAAAGUAGAUUGGAAAAGAAGGAAUGAUUUAUUUCCUGUGAUCAGUAUUGAUUGUUUUUGUCUGUUAUGUAAAUAGAUCAAUUUGCAUUUUAUGUGAUGUGCAAUUAAAAAAUGCUUUUUAAGAAUUGUUCAGAUGUUGACCUCACAAAGUCAUGGCUUUCUGCCUUCUGUAGGAGACUGUUCUCUAACUUUUUUUUCUUGCUUUUUUAAUAAGGAGCCCCCCUGAGUCUGUCCCUUUGGCCUCUGAAGUGUUGAAAAACAAUAUGUAUGCCUCAUCACAAGGGUAGCUAUCAUUAUCACGAUUUUAUAUGUAAAGGAGGAAGGUGGGACUUAAAAAAGUUGUGACUUACCAAGUUUAUUGCAAUACUGUGGGUGACCACAAGGGGAGAACCAGAAUAGUGGAAAGGUAUCUCUCGAAUAGUGAAAGGAAAGACAGUUAUAUUUAUAGUAUGGAUAAAUUGAUUAUCAGUCUCAU